UCCCGCGAGCCGGUGCCACCGUGACGCCGCGGAGGCCGCGCAGGCGCAGGAGCGCCCACAGCGCCUGUUGUAUCCGGCCGGCGCCUUUUCUCCGCUCCCCGCCUCCUCCUCCCGGUCUGCCCGUCGCGCCCGCCCCGGGCCGCCGCUGCCUCUGCCGUGCUCGGCCUCCCUUCCCUCUCCGCGGUGUGGCCGGCCGGCAACGCCUCCGAUCUCCCCCGUGCGCCCCAUGAAGCGAUGGCAGCGGCCAACUUCGGCAAGAUCCAGAUAGGGAUCUACGUGGAGAUCAAGCGCAGCGAUGGCCGAAUUCACCAAGCUAUGGUAACAUCCCUAAAUGAAGAUAAUGAAAGUGUAACUGUUGAAUGGAUUGAAAAUGGGGAUACUAAAGGGAAAGAGAUUGAUUUAGAGAGCAUAUUUUCACUUAACCCAGAUCUUGCACCUGAUGAAGAUAUUGAGCCUAGCCCAGAGACACUACCACCACCUGCUUCAUCAGCCAAAGUAAACAAAAUUGUGAAGAGUCGACGAACUGUGUUACCUUCUAAGAAUGACCCUCCUGCCAGAGAUAAUAGAGUGGUUGGUUCUGCACGUGCACGACCUACUCAGCUUCCUGAGCAGUCUUCCUCCUCUCAGCAGAAUGGUAGUGUUUCAGAUAUAUCUCCAGUUCAAGCUGCAAAAAAGGAAUUUGGACCCCCUUCACGUAGAAAAUCUAACUGUGUAAAAGAGGUUGAAAAAUUGCAAGAGAAGCGUGAAAAAAGAAGGUUACAGCAGCAGGAGCUUAGAGAAAAGAGAGCUCAGGAUGUUGAUGCUACAAACCCAAAUUAUGAAAUUAUGUGUAUGAUAAGAGAUUUCAGGGGAAGUUUGGAUUAUAGACCACUGACAACUGCAGAUCCUAUUGAUGAGCACAGGAUUUGUGUUUGUGUACGAAAACGACCACUCAAUAAAAAAGAAACUUUAAUGAAAGACCUUGAUGUAAUAACAAUUCCUAGUAAAGAUGUUGUGAUGGUACAUGAACCAAAACAAAAGGUGGAUUUAACAAGGUACCUAGAAAACCAAACUUUUCGUUUUGAUUAUGCCUUUGAUGACACGGCUCCUAAUGAAAUGGUUUACAGGUUUACAGCUCGACCAUUAGUGGAGACCAUAUUUGAAAGGGGAAUGGCCACUUGUUUUGCAUAUGGACAAACAGGCAGUGGGAAAACCCAUACUAUGGGUGGUGACUUUUCGGGAAAGAACCAAGAUUGUUCUAAAGGCAUAUAUGCACUAGCAGCUCGAGAUGUCUUUUUAAUGCUAAAGAAGCCAAACUAUAAGAAGUUAGAACUUCAAGUAUAUGCAACAUUUUUUGAGAUCUACAGUGGCAAGGUUUUUGACUUGUUGAACAGGAAGACAAAAUUAAGAGUGUUAGAAGAUGGUAAACAGCAAGUCCAGGUGGUGGGAUUACAGGAGCGGGAAGUCAAAUGUGUUGAAGAUGUUCUUAAGCUUAUUGAAGUAGGCAACAGCUGCAGGACAUCUGGCCAGACAUCUGCAAAUGCACACUCAUCUCGAAGCCACGCAGUGUUUCAGAUUAUUCUCAGAAGGAAAGGGAAAUUGCAUGGUAAAUUUUCUCUGAUUGAUUUGGCUGGCAAUGAAAGAGGAGCAGAUACUUCGAGUGCAGAUAGGCAGACACGGCUGGAAGGUGCAGAAAUUAACAAGAGCCUUUUAGCACUUAAGGAGUGCAUUAGAGCCUUAGGCCGAAAUAAACCUCACACACCCUUCAGAGCAAGUAAACUUACUCAGGUGCUAAGAGAUUCAUUCAUUGGGGAAAACUCACGUACCUGUAUGAUUGCUACGAUUUCUCCAGGGAUGGCAUCAUGUGAAAACACUCUAAAUACAUUGAGAUAUGCAAAUAGAGUAAAGGAAUUUGGAAUUAGUCCUUCGGACAUUCCCUUCUCACAGGGUAGUGGCAGUCGCUCUGAUCUCUCUCCUUCCUAUGAGUAUGACGACUUUUCUCCUUCAAACACCAGGGUGAAGGAGCUGACGGUUGAUCCUAGUGCUGCAGGAGAUAUCCGUUCCAUUAUACACCAUACUCCCAAUCAGAUGGAUGACUUGGAGACACAGUGGGGUGUGGGAAGCUCUCCUCAGAGAGAUGAUCUCAAACUGCUCUGUGAACAAAAUGAAGAAGAAGUUUCUCCGCAGUUGUUCAGUUUCCAUGAAGCUGUGUCACAAAUGGUAGAAAUGGAAGAGCAAGUAGUAGAAGACCACAGGACUGUCUUCCAGGAAUCCAUUAGAUGGUUGGAAGUUGAAAAACUACUUCUUGAGAUGACAGAAGAAGUAGACUAUGAUGUGGAUUCUUACGCUACCCAACUUGAAGCAAUUCUAGAGCAAAAAAUUGAUAUUCUGACUGAACUUAGAGACAAAGUGAAAUCUUUCCGGGCAGCUCUACAAGAAGAGGAACAGGCCAGUAAACAGAUCAACCCAAAAAGACCACGUGCCCUUUGAAAAGGGCCUUUGCUGCUAAAGGAAUUCAUGAACCUGUACUGCUGUAGCACACAUUUGUUACAAAACCUAGUGACCGAGAGAACUCAACUACUUGAAAGUGUAAAAAUGUUAGCAAUGUUUGUGGAAAUCUCCUGUUUCUUAUUCACCUGAAUGACAUUUUCAGUUUUAUGUGAAAUGCUCCUGAUGUCUACAAAAUGCUUCUAGACCAGACAGCACAACCUGCAGGGUUCAGAUCUGUGAAGCACUUUGUUUUAAAUAUUUCAUUUAUUCAAAUAGUGAAAUGUUUGGAAAUAUUUGCCAUAUUUUUAAUAAAGUAAAACUGUGGCCAUUAAAAAGUCACAGCACUUCCUUCUGACCAUGUUCAGUUUUAUGACAAAGACCAGCUGUGCAGUUUAAAAUUGUGGCGUGCAUGCACACCUCACUAGUGGUUUUACGUAACUUCUCUUCCACAAACAGCUGUGCUUAACACUUCCCAUUCUGUGCCUUGAUGAAGGCUACUUAACCCUAAAUAUCCUCUUUCUGAAGCACAGCCUUAAAAAUUACAUUCCUUAUUUGUCAAUAUAAAUUACUUUAGUGUGUGUGUGUGUGUUUCAAGAAAACUUUUUUUUUGGUGGAUAGUUUCAUUUCACAGGAUGUGCCAUAUCAUUUUAAGAGGAACUGCAGGCUGUUAAAAGAGUAGACGAACAGCUGGACAUUCCAUUUCUUGUGUGAAAAUCUGGAAUCUUGAUUUAUUUGAAUACCAUUAAGUAUGGUUCCAUAAUUUAAACAUUUUAUCUGUAACAAUUAAAAAAACCAAAAAAACCAACAAAUCAACAAAAACUCACAAAAAUAUAAAUUAGUUGAUGUAUAUUAAAGGGUAAUGUUUUAAGUACUGAGGAGAGUUGUAUCUUAGGAUAAUGCAGAUAAUAUGAUAUGUGGUAUGGUGUGAUAAUGCUAUGUAUGGAUAAGUUAACUAUCAAACUUUGGGGAUAAAUACGUCCAUACUGGCCUUUCACAUACUGUUUUAAAAACUUGGAUUUUGAUGCAUGACAAAGUUACAUGUACAUUAACUGUAGUUUGCAGGUAGCUUGAGUAGUUCUGUUGCUUUAAGAAGUAGCUAAUACCUAUUUUUCCCUUUGUACAGUGCCAGCAGCUGAAAAGUGGGGUGAAAUUGCAUCAUUUGACAAUUUUGCACAAUACCUCUACCUAGCGCUAAUAGAAAUCCCACAAAUACCUGAAUUCUCACAAAUGGCGCCAUGUGUAUCAGCACUUUUUAGGUGGUGGCACUCAAGUUAUUUUUGCAAGUCAGUAUGCAAAAAAGAUUGACCUUUCAUGUAAGAACUGUAGAUCUCUCUAGGAGUUCUCCUUCUUUCCAGGAGUUUGUAUCAGCAGGUUUUCCCUUGGAAAUGUUUAAGAACUACUUUCAGAAUACAAGCCUAUUUGUUUGUGCCAGGCCUGGGGGGGGAAUAAAGGGAAGGCAAUGAAAAGAGAGUUAAAUGAGCCAGAACUUCUUGUAGUGUUUAAUGUUUGUAUCUCCCAUAGAAAGGUAGGCUAUGGGAAGCUCUUGUCGCAUCAUGGUUAAAAAUAAAAAACCCUCUUGUGUGUAAACAUGAAAACUGAAACAAUGUAGAUUUUACAUAAUGUGUUUAAUAAAUUAAGCUAUUAAAUGAA